AUGGUCGCCUCUAAGAAGUCGAAGAAGUCCUCGGACAACAUCAACUCCCGUCUGCAGCUUGUGAUGCGCUCGGGUAAAGUCGCUCUGGGCUACAAGCAGACGCUCAAGAACUUGCGCUGCGGCAAGGCCAAGUUGGUGAUCAUGGCUUCCAACACGCCUCCGCUUCGCAAGUCGGAGGUCGAGUACUACUCGAUGCUUGCCAAGACAGGCGUCCACCACUUCUCGGGCACGAACAACGAUCUGGGAACAGCUUGCGGUAAAUACUUUCGCGUGUCGUGCAUGUGUAUCCUCGAUGCUGGUGACUCGGACAUUCUGCGCUCGAUGCCGUCGGAGAACUAG